AUGGAUAGUUGGAGUGAGGUGGAAGACAUGAUCCUGAUACAGGCUCACUCCGAGCUCGGGAACCGGUGGGUCGAGAUCGCCAAGCGACUCCCCGGUAGAACUGAGAACUCUAUCAAGAACCACUGGAACACCAACAAGCGUAGGCAGUGUUCCAGUCGGCCGCACCGCAAGUCCAGGCAGGAUGGCAAACCCAGUGCACUUUUGCUCAAUUACAUCCAGAGCUUGAACCCAAAGAAACACAACAGCACCAAUGAGACAGUGCCAAACUAUUUUAGCACGACAACAGCUCCUCUUCCUCCACUACCACCUCACUACUUGAGUAGCAACUCCGUCGAGGACAACGAUGGAUUACGAUUCCUCGACGAUAGGGACUUCGUAGACCCUCCUGAGCUGCUGCUUGAUCUAAGAGAGCUGCCCGGUAAGGAUGCCAUGAGUUGUGUGUUUGAACAACUAGCAGGAGGAUGUGAGGAUGUGAUGCCAAUUAGUCCAAGUGAUGAGUACUGUGUUAAGAAGGAUAUGGACCUGAUAGAGAUGAUAAAUAUGACCACCAAAAAGACCACCCAGUAG